AACCAAUAGUGAGCCUUCGUUUUGCCACGUAAGACCGUCUUUGAAGUUACAAUCGGGCCAGACUUAUGUGGGCUGAUAUAAAAUCGAAUUGGCCCAUUUUAAAUAUAUAUGAUUUAAUGUCUGGUUUGGUUAUCACGUGGAGAUGAUGAAGACGAGACGUUUGGUUUUGUUUUUCUUCUCAUUUACAUAAAGUCUCUGAUAUUUUUGAUUCCGUCUCUUUCCUCUCCUUCUCUAUAUCGGGAACAAGAUCGAGAUUGAAAAAAAAAAAUUGUGAGACAUGGUUGAGAUCAGUCGUAGCUCUUCAUCUUCCAAGAGUUUCUCUUCUUCUUCUUCAUCCCGUGCACCGUCUUCUCAUCUCCACGCCCUACCAAGCGGUCUAAGGUCAAGAUCCAUGCUGCUAUUUAAUCUCGACGGCGGAACCGGCGGUGUCUUCGACGGCGGAACCGGCGGGGUCUUCGACGGCGGAACCGGCGGGGUCUUCGUCGACAAGCGAGGUUCCGGUUUCAGGUCCUGGAUUCGGAAUCUGGAGAGUCGGAGCUUGGAUCCUCUGAUCCGUAAGCUAUGGAUGCAGAGAAGCCUGUUUUAACCGAUGUGCCUGUGAUGGAGACCUCUCUUGAAGCCGACACAAACCCUGAAGCCGAUGUGGUGGUGACACCUACAAUAGCAGGUGAAGUGGUGACGGAUGGUGAGAAGUCAAAGGCAGGGAAGAAGCUAGCUAAGGCUCCACGGGCGAAGCUACUUUCUCAGUAUUCUCAGAACCCACACCAUAUCAUGAGGGGCCAUGUAUUCACUGUUGGGCGCCGAGGAUGUGAUUUAUCUAUCAAACACCAAUAUAUGCCCAUCACCCUGUGCAAAAUCAAGCAGUCUGAUCAGGAGUUCAGUCGGUUAUAACUCUGGAGAUAGAUAUGUCUCACCACCUUCUCUUCUCUGUUAAACAAAACGAUAUAUGAUAAGCAUUGUCUGAAACAUUUAACCACCCAAUACUGUACUUAUUACAGGUUUAGAAGAAGACGAUGAGAUUCAUGAAGAAAUCCGUACCUUUGUCACAACCAACCACCAAGGUCAGCAAUUCAUAACAAACCAACACCACAAAAGCAAUGGAGUAGUGAAUCAACCAACACCACCAAACUUUGGAGACGAAGAGCAGAGCCGCAAACGCUAUGUAAGUGAUAGUUGGAAGUCUUGCAAACGGUCGUUCUCACUUAGAUUUUGUACCCCACAUUACAAGCUCUGUGCAAUAACUAUUUCCCUAUAUUUCAUCUUUAUACUUUUUUAAUGUACUGAAAACUAUCUCUCCCAUUACCUACGGAUGUCCUCUUCUUUAAAAAAAUGUGCUUAUAUUUUAACUUACCAGCUACUUAAGAAA